AGGAGUAUCAAUGGUUCGGCGGAUGAAGGGAGGGUGCGAUUGGAGUAAGGACUCUCUGAACAUGCGACUGCACCUUCUAUUUGGUUCACUUGAUCGGCCUGGAAUGAUGAGCCAAGAAGAGGACCGGCAGAGCUCCGUCCUGCGGUUCUCACCUUCACUUCAAGUCCACCUCCUAUGGCGUCAUCAGGCGCAACAUACGAGCUCUCGAUUCUACUCUCAUCUGUCUCCUCUGGUGCAAGUGAGUCUCUGCCUGCGCUACGCCCGCCAUAUAAUCCACGCUUCUUCAUCUUUUCAACAAAGUUCCUUCUUCACCCCGUUCUUCACAGUAACCACUUUCUACCAACUCAGCAAUUUCUUCAUAACUUUCUCACGUCAAUAGCUGCUACCAUUUUCAGGGUGCCCGGCAGCACCGUAUCCCUCAGGUCGGAUGCAGGCGACUCUGAUGCGUCUGUGUCCGGGGUAUCCGUACACCAUCUCGCUCAAGCGAUAUCGAUAAAGCCCCUCUCUUCCAGAACCUCUUAAUAAAGAAACGUCAAGAUUACCAUGAGUGCCUCGCUGCUGCUCGCCGUG